AUGGUUGCCAAGCCAGAGAAGCCAAUAUGGAUGUCUCAAGAAGAUUAUGACCGUCAAUAUGGUAGCUUCAAUGAACACGUUGAUGCGGUAGAAGCUAAGGUUACACCUCCAAAACCUGCGACAGAGCCAGUAAAUAAUCUGCAAACAGAUCCAGGAGCUUCUAAUGACGAAACCGAGGUGGCAAAGCCAGUUUUUAAGAUACAAAAACGUAGACAUGCCAGAUUUGAUCAUGAAGAGAGACAGAAACAACUACGAGCUCAGAAAAUACGUGAAGAGCAAUUAAAGAAACAUGAGAUUGAAUUAGCUGCCAAUCGAACUAUCAAUGUGGAUCAGAUCGUGAGACAACAUUAUAACGAGAGAACAUUCAUUGCCAAUAGGUCCAGAAGAAACCUUUCGCCCAUCAUCAAGCUGCGUAACUUCAAUAACGCCAUUAAGUAUAUGCUGAUCGAUAAGUAUGCUAAGGGCGGCGAUGUUGUCUUGGAGCUGGGAUGCGGCAAAGGUGGAGACCUAAGGAAAUAUGGGGCAGCAAACAUCUCUCAAUUCAUCGGAGUCGAUAUAUCGAAUGCAUCAAUUCAAGAAGCACACAAGCGGUACCAAUCCAUGAAAAAUCUAUCAUUCCAAGUCAUUUUAAUAACAGGUGACUGCUUUGGUGAGUCACUUGGAGUUGCAGUCGAGCCAUUUCCUGAUUGCAAAUUUCCUUGUGACCUGGUCUCUGUGCAGUUCUGUUUGCACUACGCUUUUGAAACAGAGGAAAAGGCCAGAAGAGCAUUACUUAAUGUCAGCAAAUCUUUGAAGGUAGGAGGCCAUUUCUUUGGUACUCUUCCUGACUCUGAGUUCAUACGUUACAAAUUAAACAAAUUCGAUAAGACCGUCGAAAAGCCAUCGUGGGGAAAUUCGAUUUACAAAGUGACAUUCGAAAACAAUGAAUACGCGAAGAAUGAUCAUGAGUUUCCAUCUCCUUUUGGCCAAAUGUAUACUUAUUGGUUGGAAGACGCAAUCGACAAUGUUCCGGAGUACGUCGUGCCUUUUGAAACCCUGAGAAGUUUAGCCGAUGAAUAUGGACUUGAACUUGAAAUGCAAAUGCCUUUCAACAAAUUCUUCGUCCAAGAGAUCCCUCAUUGGAUAGAAAGAUUUUCUCCUCGAAUGAGAGAAGGUUUACAGAGAUCUGAUGGGAAAUACGGUGUCGAGGGCGACGAGAAAGAGGCUGCGUCAUAUUUUUACACAGUCUUCGCAUUUCGUAAGGUCAGAGAUUACAUUGAGUAG